AAAGAAAAUGUUACAUGAGCACCCAACUACUUAUAUUGUCUUGUAUGGCAACCCAAUAGGCCCAUUGCCCAACACCAAUUCUAAUCUCUCUCUUUUUGUCAAGGAAUCCUUAUAUUCAGCAAAUUGGGAUUUAGGGUUUAUGAAUUUGACAUGGCGGAGGACGGCAGCGUAGCUCACACCGAGUUCGACGACGGCGAAAUCAUUUCAGAGAUUCUGGCGAGGCUACCGGUCAAAUCUGUGAUGCGAUUCCGGUGCGUAUCCAAGUCGUGGAAUGCUCUGAUCUCCGAUCCCUACUUCACUAAGAAGCACUUCAGGUACGCAGAAAUGGGCAUCACCGAGAACAGCUCCAGGCUCCUUUAUUCAAUGGACCCUCCACAAUCCCUAGACCACGAAGCAUUGAAGGAUUUGAAGGAUCACAGGGAUGGUUAUUUUGCCAACAGAGAGCUUGAUCUUCCGGUAAUGAUCCCGGAGUUUUCCAAUCGUUAUAAAAGUAUUGUUGGUUGUUGCAAUGGCUUAGUAUGUUUUUCCGUCCAAGGGGACGACUUUAUCUUGUGGAAUCCAUGUACUAGAUACUCCAAGCUGUUACCGAGAACUCCAUUGCCUGUUUUCAAUCGGCACGCUUUUUGUGGGUUUGGUUAUGAUUCUGCUAAUGAUGAUUACAAGGUAUUAGUGGGGACUAAAAUGUGCGAAGAAAUUACCAUUCAGGUUUUCGCUCUAAAAACGAGUUCAUGGAAGGUGCUCCCCAUUACCAAUGCUCUUAGCAUCUCAGGUCGGGGCUUCUUUUUGAAUGGAGCUUUGCACUGGUUAACGAGGGUUGAGCCAAAUCGAGGGAAUAGCCGAACAAUUUUGUCUUUUGAUUUGGCGGAGGAGAAGUUUCAUGAGAUGAUUCCAUUACCCUAUGAUGAUGAUGAUGGCGGCCUUCAUGGUAUGACGAUUCUUAGAAAUUGUCUGUGUGUGUUUAAUUUCUUAGUUGGGCGGGCUGGUGUUAGCACAAUAUGGUUGAUGAAGGAAUAUGGGGUGAAGCAAUCUUGGACUCAAGUUAUUAGGUGUUCUAAAAGCGAAAUUCCUAAAGAGUACAGACUCCUGUUCUUGCAGCCUCUUUGUAUUCUAGAGAAUGGAGAACUUGUAGGUAAUGAUUUUCGUGCAGGUUUCUUGGUGUUAUAUGAUCCAAAGGAAAAUACAUUCAAGAAUGUUACCAAGACUCAUAAUGAAUUGAAUUGUGGAGCUUUUGUUUACAGAGAGACUUUAGUUUCACCAGUAACCGGCAGUGUUGUAGACAUCUGAAGUCGCGGUUGUGAGAAAUCAAGAAGCCAAACAACCCAGUAUAAAGUCAAGGUGGGAGUCUGGAUGUAGAGGCAUGCAUUUCCUUCACUUGAAAACAAAUUCAAAGAUCCUUGCAGAUUGAGUAGCUGUUAUUCCUCAACUAGCUGGAGUUCUCAGAGCCUAUGUGUCCUUAUGACGUAUAAACUUUGUGUUGUAAUAAACUAUAAUUUGGGUGUUUAUGACGUAUAAACUUUGUGUUGUAAUAAACUAUAAUUUGGGUGUUUAUGACGUAUAAACUUUGUGUUGUUGUAAUAAAUUAUAAUUUGGGUGUUUAAGUAGAGCUUUGAAGAAGUCUCAGUUAUGGAUUUGAAACCCAGAAAGAAAGUUGGUCGAUCA